AUGAGCGCGUCGUUCGAAGAGUCCGUCAUCGCCCUCAAGAGCAUGUUCCCCGAUCUCAGCGAAGUCGUCGUUCGCGCGACGCUCGAAGCGCGAGACGGACACAUGGAGAGCGCGGUGGAGAAGCUGUUGGCGAUGAGCCGUCGCGGAAGCGGGAACGGCUCGAGCGCGCACGGAGGCGGGCGAAACGGUGGACAAGAAUACGGCGGUGCGAGAUUCGGCGCGCCGGGGGCGGUCGGGAUGUCGCCGAGCGCGACGGGGGGGAGAAACGGACAAGGAUUCGGUAACGGUGGUGGAGGGAUGGGGAGUAAUGACUUUUAUUCCAACGUGCCGCCGCCGAGGGAGGAUGAGGACUCGCUGUGGGGCUGGCUCACGGGCGACGACGAUUACCUGAAUUCUCGCGGACGAACGGGGCAACAGGAUGAGACGUGGAAUUGGAUCGCGAACCAGAUGUCGUAUUUGGCGCUCGAAGUUUCGACGCAAAUCAAAGGCGUGACGGACGCCAUCGCGGAGGAGAUUUUGGGUCCGCCCGAGGAAGAGUUAGGGGAGGAAGUCGAGGACAUUACGGAGGAAGAACGAGAGCGCGCGGACGUCGUUUCCGGUGGCAUGGCGAUACAAGCGAACCGACGUACGACGCAGCCGAAGAGUGAGCCGAAACCAAAACCGAAAAAGCCGAUGCGAUCUUCGCAGGAGGAAUACGACGACGACGAAGACGACGCGCUGGGGGGUAUUUUGAACUUGCUCGGAUUAGAGGACGACUUGGACGACGACGAGCAGUACGUUCGUCGCGAUUCGAAGAAGGAUAAGUGA